UCAAAAUGGUAUUUCCCCUCCCUUUUGUUUUCGACAGCGCUGCGCCUCCCUCUCCUCAGUCCUCACUGUCCACCAUCGUCCGUCCUCUGCGACGCCACGACGGUGGCUGGACAGUUCCCUCACCUAACUACUCCUCGUGGUUCUUCGCCUCCACCACCGUCCAUUCGUCCACUCCUCUCUUCCUCGGUUACGCUGAAGGCUGAAGGUGCCUCACUACUACUCGUGGUUCAUCGCCGAUCGCCGCUCGCCGCUCGCCACCUCGUUCUUCCGCACUCCGGAGAACUCGACGCUUCACGUUGUUCCUCGUCGAUGAUCUGCGUUCCUUGCCGCUGUUCUGCGGUUCCUGCUUCUGCACCGCCGUUCUCCUUCUGCUUCACUUCGGUAAGGGGUUCCGGUCGCCUGGUUGCCUGAGCUGCCUCUCUUCUUCUUCGCUUCUACCUCAGCUUCCUUCGACAAGGUUUCAACAAUGGUUAGAAAAAAGGCAGAAGAUGCAGGCCCAUCAGCAAAGACUAAGGCAGGUAGCAAAGAUGUCCCUAAGAAGGAAAAAGUUUCCAUUUCUGCCAUGCUGGCCAGCAUGGAUGAAAAGCCUGAUAAACCCAAAAAGCCCUCUUCCAUUAAACCCAAGGCAAAAGCUGCUCCAAAACCUUCUGCAUAUACUGAUGGUAUUGAUCUUCCUCCAUCUGACGAAGAUGAAGAUGAAGCUCUCUUGGAGGAGGAGGAAGAGAAUGCCUCCAAACGGCAGCAGAGGAGUGAGUUGAAGACACUUGAAAUUUCAACCACAGACAAAGAGCUGAAGAAGCGUGAGAAGAAGGAUAUUUUAGCAGCUCAUGCUGUUGAGCAGGCAAAGAAGGAAGCUCUUAAGGAUGAUCAUGAUGCUUUCACUGUGGUCAUUGGAAGUCGGACUUCAGUGCUUGAUGGAGAUGAUGAUGCUGAUGCUAAUGUCAAAGAUAUAACAAUAGAGAAUUUCUCGGUGUCUGCUCGGGGUAAAGAACUUCUGAAGAAUGCAUCAGUGAAGAUAUCUCAUGGGAAGAGGUAUGGUUUGGUUGGACCCAAUGGAAAGGGGAAGUCCACACUAUUGAAGCUUCUUUCUUGGAGGAAGAUACCAGUACCUAAGAAUAUUGAUGUCCUUCUGGUUGAGCAAGAGGUAGUAGGUGAUGAUAAAACAGCACUAGAAGCUGUUGUGUCAGCUAAUGAAGAACUGGUUAAAGUUCGACAAGAAGUUGCUUCUCUGCAAAAUGCAGCUUCUGCAGAAGGAAGUGUUGACAAUGAGGAAGAUGAUGCGGGAGAGAAGCUAGCAGAGCUGUACGAGAAACUACAGCUGAUGGGUUCUGAUGCUGCUGAAGCUCAAGCAUCAAAGAUUUUAGCGGGUUUGGGUUUUACAAAGGAUAUGCAGGGCCGGCCAACAAAAUCUUUCAGUGGUGGAUGGAGAAUGAGGAUUUCUUUAGCUCGAGCACUUUUUGUGGUGCCGACUUUGUUAUUGCUUGAUGAACCCACAAAUCACCUUGACUUGAGGGCUGUUCUCUGGCUGGAAGAGUACCUGUGCCGUUGGAAGAAGACUUUGGUUGUUGUUUCACAUGAUAGGGAUUUCCUCAAUACAGUUUGCACUGAGAUUAUUCAUCUUCAUGACUUGAAACUCCAUUUCUACCGUGGAAACUUUGAUGACUUUGAGAGUGGGUAUGAACAGCGUCGUAAAGAGAUGAACAAGAAGUAUGAGAUUUAUGACAAGCAACUAAAAGCUGCAAAAAGGAGUGGUAAUCGAGCUCAGCAAGAAAAGGUGAAGGAUCGAGCGAAGUUUGUGGCAGCUAAAGAAGCAUCUAAAGCCAAGGGAAAGGGCAAGGGCAAGGUUGAUGAAGAUGAGGCCCCACCAGAGGUUCCACAGAAGUGGAGGGACUACAGUGUUGAAUUUCACUUCCCUGAACCUACCGAGCUCACGCCUCCACUUCUUCAGCUUAUUGAAGUGAGCUUCAGUUAUCCAAACCGUGAGGACUUCAGACUGUCAAAUGUUGAUGUUGGCAUUGAUAUGGGAACUCGUGUUGCCAUUGUUGGGCCUAAUGGAGCUGGAAAAUCUACACUACUGAACCUUCUGGCUGGUGAUUUGGUUCCAACUGAGGGUGAAGUUAGGAGAAGUCAGAAGUUGCGAAUAGGAAGAUACUCGCAACACUUUGUGGACCUUCUAACUAUGGACGAAACCCCCGUUCAGUAUCUUCUUCGUCUCCACCCAGACCAGGAGGGACUUAGCAAGCAAGAGGCCGUCCGUGCAAAACUCGGUAAGUUUGGGCUACCUAGUCAUAACCAUCUCACCCCUAUUGCCAAACUAUCAGGAGGGCAGAAGGCUAGGGUGGUAUUUACCUCAAUAUCCAUGUCAAGACCCCAUAUUUUGUUGUUGGAUGAACCCACUAAUCAUCUAGACAUGCAAAGCAUUGAUGCGUUGGCUGAUGCACUAGACGAGUUCACUGGUGGAGUUGUUCUUGUUAGUCAUGACUCGAGAUUGAUAUCACGUGUAUGUGAGGAUGAAGAAAGGAGUCAGAUCUGGGUUGUCGAGGAUGGUACUGUCAGGACUUCAAUUGGAACAUUCGAUGAUUACAAGGACGAGUUGAUGAAAGAAAUCAAAGCUGAAGUUGAUGACUAAGCUGCUCUUUUUGAGAACCUUUGACUACAAUAUUCCCCCUUAUAUGAGAACUGAGUGUAAAACUAUGUUGCCGGAAAUGCUACCAAUAUUUUUAGCUAGAUUCACAAUUUUCUGUUUUAUCAUAGUUUAUGAGUUUAUCCCAAUACAUGAACAUAUGUUUCAAUUGUUACAACUGCCGAACUGUUCCAAUUAUUUGUUGUUUUUCUAUUCAGC